AUGCGGACUGCCCGGUGGAUUUGGAUUGCCGCCACAUUCCUCACCUCGACCGUCCACUCAACAGAGACAGCACCCUUCACUCCAGCAGAAGAAGCCACGGCCAACAAACGAGCCUUCCAAGUCCUCCGCAUCCUCCGACGAGCCGAAGAUAACUGCCCGGCUGGCUUCACCCCCUGCAGCGAACUAGGCAACGCCAAUGCAUGCUGUAAGCACGGAACGAACUGCUCGCGCGACGAUGCCAACAACAUCGCCUGCUGCGCGAGCGGCGCAAGCUGCACCGGCAGCCUAACAGGAACGAAGACGACGGGCACAGGCACUAUGUUCAUGUUCCCCAGCGGCGCAACCGCAACCACCACCGAGAGUGGGGCGGCGGCCAUUACUGGGUCGAGACUGGACGGCGCAUACCCAUUCGUCGUUGUCCCGACCACUUUUAGAAAUGCUGAGACUUGCUCAUCUUACUACUCGGUUUGUCAGUCUGAGUACGCACAGUGCACUGGCGCGCUGAUGGGCCGCUACGGCGUCACGAUUGGCGGUGCCGGGGAGGGCAAGACGGUCCAGGCUGUUACGGCGGCGUCGCAGGCGACGUCCAUUUGCUCGAGCUUGAGCGUGGAGGCUUGCCAUGGUAUUAACUUGGGGUAUUGUAGCUCUGUUGCGACACAGACUGGUGAUGCGGACGCGAAUGGGAAUAACGCCUCUCCUGUACGGAUGUCGAGUCUCCAUGAUCUGGCAUUCGGGCUAGCGGUUGGGGUUGCGGGGAUGUUUAUAUGA